GUACAUAAAAGGGAAAUAUACAAACCUAACCAUCCACAUGUUUGAAACAGCGAAGAGGUAAAAGUAGGUGUCAUCUAAUCGAAUGACGUUUUAGUUAAUGCUUAAAUGAAGUUGUAAUAAACAGUGAUAAAAUGGAACGCGGAGAAAAUACACAAGAUAACGUAAUGUCAGCAGAAGGUACAUCUCCAAAAGCAUUUGUAUUCUCCGCACCUAACGUACUUGGUCCUCCUAAUGCUAUUAAUUCCGAGGUAAAUCCAGAAGCGUUGGAUACGUCGGUUAUCAGGAAAAAUAUUUUUACUUUUGCUAUACCGACGUCAGUGUCGCAGCCGAAUCUUCGAGGGAGGGCCACUCAUCAAUUGAGAACACCUGAGAAACAAUACAAACCUAAAAUAUCAAGGCACACUUUCAAACCAGCAGUUAAUGUUUUCGCCCAAGCUCUUAAAGAUACUGCAAUAUUCGUACAGUUAAAAAAGAAUUCUAGAUCGCAGUCUGCUAAAAUUAAUCCAGAAAAUUCAAUAACAUGCACCAAUGUACCUCAGUCUCUACUCACAAAGGUUACAGCAAAGGAAUACUUUAUGAUGUUUGGGAAUCUUUUAAGAAUUACUAUUCGUCCCAAGAAACAAAUAAUUACUGUUACCUAUGCUACUAAAGAAGAAGCGACUAUAGCAUACGAGCAAAGCGGCGAGUAUUACGGGGAAAAAUUUAACGUAGAAUGGAGCAAAUUGACCGCGUUACCAAAAUCCCCGACAAAACGGAAAGACUUACAGAAGAAUAUUGUGACGAAUUUCUUAAAUGACGAUGACCUCCAAAUGGAAUUAGAUGCUAUGAAGAAUCUAGCAUACAACGUACAUGAUAGGGAUAAUGCUGAUUAUUAUAAUUACAUUUCGCUUAAGAAAAAGGAAACACGAGAGACCAAGGGUGCAUUAAAGACAAGUGCCAGGGCCAAAGAGAAAGCAGCUGCUAAAUCUGAGAAACAUAAAGUAGACAGUCAAAUAUCGGAUUUGUUACCCAAUGCUAGUAUCGAAGAACUGCAAAAGAUAAUUCGUCAACCAGCACAUAAUUCAGAAGACAAAUACAAAGUACUAGAAGCAAGAGAUCGACUUAUAAGAAUGAAGCAAACUAAAUCGCACACGCUGGCUGCUGCUAAAGCAAUGGUUGGAAUAUGCCCUGAUAUGUGUCCUGAAAAAGAGCGUCUAAUGCGAGAGUCGAAAAGACAAUUAGCGUUCUACGAGCAACUCGAAGGUAACGAGUACAAAAUUAAUCACGCGACUGCUGUAAAACAGUAUUCUAGGUCUUCGGCAGAUCAAGAGGAACCGAUGGCGCACGAUUUGAGACCUGUGAAGUCUUUAAAAAUGACUAUGAGUUAUUUGCUUCACGAAAUAGCGAAUCUUUGCGAUCAAGAAGGGACAAAUUUGGGAGAAUGGUAUCAUUUCUUGUGGGAUAGAACAAGGGGAAUUCGAAAAGAUAUAACGCAGCAAGAAUUAUGUUGCCCGGAUAGCGUCGAAUUGGUCGAACAAUGCGCUAGAUUUCAUAUUGUCUGUUCUGAAAGGCUUUGCGCCGAAGAACCAUCGAUCUUUGACAAAAAGAUCAACUCGGAUAAUCUAACGAAAUGUUUGCAAACAUUGAAGUACAUGUAUCAUGAUCUAAGAGUAAAAGGAAUAAAUUGUCAGAAUGAACCAGAAUUUCGGGCGUACAUUAUUCUACUGAAUUUAAACAACAGCAAUUUCAUGUGGGACCUGCAAAGACUGCCAAAGAGUGUGCAAAGAUCGCCAGAAGUUCAAUUUGCACAAGAGGUGUACUCGGCCUUGGAGUCGAAUAAUUAUUAUAAAUUCUUUAAACUCGUUUGUAAAACCACGUAUUUAAAUGCCUGCAUCUUGCUUAGGUACUUUAAUCAAGUAAGAUUAAGGGCAUUAUCGGUGAUGGUUAAAGCUUAUUGCAGAACUGCGUCAACAGCGUAUCCAUUGUACGAAUUAAUAGACAUUUUAGGUUUCGAAGAUGAAACCGAAGCUGUUUACUUCUGCGAACAAGUAGGAUUAAAUGUUGCAAAGGAUGAAUAUCAUGUAUUAUUAAAUCGACAAAACUUCUCUAUGCCUGUAUUAAAUAUAAAACAGAAUAGAGCUUGUAAUGUAAUAGAAUCUAAGAGAGUCAUGAAGCAUUUAUCUAUUGGAGAAUGUAUAGCAGGUGGAAAGAUGCCGGGGAAAAGUUACAAGUGUCAUAAGCCGCACAAUAGCUUCGACACGCAUGGUUACUUAUGGUCAGAUUCUGUCAAUGCAGAGGAUCAGAAUAAAAAUGAUAUUUGUACUCCAAAAGAUCCGUACGAGUACAUAGACGAAGAUACAGUGGAGAUUAAAAAAUCUGUCUUGGUUUCUGAGAAAGAUGAAAAUAAACCCGAGAGUACAGGCUACGGUGCUGAGUAUCGAAAUAUAUUUACUACGAUCAAUGCAACUAAUUUCAAUGCAAAUAUUAUUCAACCUCAGAAGAUUAGUGAAAACAUAUUCUCGAUCGCCAAGUCUCAAGUACCAGUCACGGAAGCUCAAGAAAAACAAAGAAGUACAAACAUAUUUGGUAUACUACCGAAACGAGACAAUACUGUGUCAGAAGCAAAUAAAACCAAUGAAUCUUCUAUUUUUGGUAACACAUUCAACGCUACAACAACGAUUACAAAAUCUUCUAAUGUAUUCUCAAAAUCAUUGGAACCACCACCAUAUAGUAGUAGUGCUGUACCAUUUACAACAUCUACAAACCAGAAUGUAUUUUCGGGUACCACACAGGGAAAUGUAUUCAUGAAAAAUGUAACGUCUUCCUCUAUAUUUUCGAAUACAUUCUCCAAUGUACAAACUGCACCAAAAUUAUCAAGCGCCGCAAUAACUGAAAGUAAUAAUAAAUUAAAAGAAUCUCCAAGCUUCUUUACUCGUCCGAAUCAAUUAGAAGAAAUUGCGAAAAUUGAGAAUACAAAAGUAGCGGAUAAGGUUUCUGUAAAGAGGAUGCAGCAAGUCGAUGUACUAGCAGAAAAAGUUUUAAGCGAGCUCCAGACCGAAGUUAUUAAAAGUUCUUGUUCUACUAUCGUGGACGAAGAAUUUGAUAAAAUGAAUAUUUGCAAUAAAUUAAGAGACGACAUUGAGAAUGAAAUCCUAACUGAAAUUACUCACGAGAUAUGUGACAAUGUUCUACAAGAAGAAAUUAUUAAUUCGGAAAAAUUGCAUGCAUUGUCGACGAAAAUGAAGAAAAGGACAGUCACAAAAUAUUUCAAUAUAUGGAAGUUUAAUACUUUGAAAAGAAGACAACAACGAGAACAACGGAAAUCGUUGGAUAAUACACCGGUAUGGUUGCAAAAGUAUUCCAGUGAAGAAUGCGCAAAAUUAUUGUAUUCGAAAAACCAGGAUUUAGUUAUUGAAAAUAUGUGUAGAAGGCGAGAAGAGCCAAAAAUUAUUAAAUCUUAUGUUGAUUCUUUGUACAGAAUCGAAGUUAUAAUCUUUAUGGGAAUUCAGGAAAACUUGAAGUCUUCGGGCAUAAAUAUGCUUUCGAAUCAUUAUUGGAAGUUAGUUAUUUCUUGGCCAGACUUGCUCAACAAACCUGUUCUAUGGCAUCAUAAGAAAAUAAUGAAUCAAUAUCUCUGUCCCGAUGAUUAUACCGCGAAUCCGAUUAUGAAGAUAUAUCGAGCAAGCCCACUUAAAACUUUGCAUAUCUGUAUUCGAAAUUUUGAAGGUCUGAUCAGUGAUCACAAUUUAGUGGGUUCGGAUGCUCUCCUUUUCAUAGCAAACACCUCCGAGAAUGCAAACGUUAUUAUAAAACGUUUAACAAGAACUAUAUUAUCAAGAGAUAGACUUAUGCCCAUUCCUUUAGUAGUCCUCGUUUUCGGUGACGACAAUUUUGAUACGCAAGAUACGGAAGUUGUUUCUACCUUAGAAAAACUAUUAGACGUUGGAUAUUUAUCAAUUUACACUAUCAUGUAUGAAAAGAACUUGAAUGAGGAAACAGUGUUGAAUAUAACGCAAACUGCAAUAUUUUGGUUGUCCAUGAAUAACUCUCCUAAGAAUCCAUUAGAGAUGGAUUACUUGGAAAAUAUUUGUCAUGUUUGUUUAACAGACGAAUUAUGGCUGAGGAUACAAGAUGACUCGUCCUACAAUGAAAAAUUAUUAUACGCACUGGAGGAGCCCAGAUUCAUCAUUGAUCUAUACAAUGAAGCGGUCACUCAUCUAAUGGAUAUAAUAUUAGAUCCGGAAUCAUUUAUGUACACAAAAUUUGCUCCGGAAUUUGACAAAUUUGUUAAAAAUGAGCAUAUGAUGCCAUGUAGCUACGAAUACUUUGACGACUCGUGGAAAAAGGAGGAUUAUAAAGCAAGGAUAGAAGAAGUGUUGGAUUCUUUUAAACUGCCUCAGUGGAAGUACAGUUGGCCAUUGGAUGAUAACAGCACGUUUCAUCAGAAUGUAAUAAGUUACUAUCAAAAAGCUCUAUUCAAUGCUGAUAGCAAUGAAGUGUCAUGCGAUUUAUUCAGCAAUUUAUUCUUUACAUCUGGUAUGCUAACUGUGUCAAACUUUAUCGAUAUUCUGUUACAUAUUGUUAAGAGGAAAGUGAAUCUUAUCGACAGAGAUUUGAAAGUAGUCUAUAAUAAGAAUCACAUAAAGUAUUUCCGAACUUUACCGUGGUGGUUUAAAUCGAAUAUAUUGAAUAAAUACAAAGUCGCAACGCGGGAAUUGAACGUGCAAAAAAAUAAUGUAAAGAAUAAAAGAAAGAGUGAUUUGAGCGAACCAAUUACAAAAAAGCGAAGAGUAUGUAGGGAUGAAAACAAUGAUUCCGAACUCGAUCCAUUAGCAGAGUUCUGUGAAUAUAGUCGGAGCCGAGUAAUGGAGGUGUUUGGCGUUUCGAGAAAGGUAGAAGAACGUUUAAGAGCUCAUCAACAACAAAAUAAUUUAUUUGAAGAAAGACUAAAGAAUGCAUUGUACAGCGAAAUAGAAUCGACUUAGUAAUAAGUAAAUAUGAUGUAAUUUUUGGCCUUUGAUAUAUUUUUAGUGCCGCGAUGACUACUGUAUUUUACAGUAUUUCUUAUAGAGUAAGCAUUAUAAUAUGAGCAUAAAAAAGUAAUAGGUUAAAUAUGAUUCUCAGAUACGAGAAGUUCAAGUUAUAAGACCAUUACUCAAAAUGUACAAAAUAUAAUUUCGAAUACGAUACGUAGUAUAAGUUGUAUAUAAAAUUUUGACUGUUACUGUAACUGUUUGAAUAUACAGAGACACAAAGUAUGUUAAAUUUCUCUA